AAUUAAGAUUUGCGACAAUUUGAUACAGAAAUACUGUAUCUUUUUUUUUAUUACAUGUCUGAUUUACUUUACAGUCAAAAUCCCGAGUGGAAAGAUGUCACGCCUGUUCCUCAAGAUGAUGGACCUAACCCUCUUGUUCCUAUUGCUUAUGCCAGAGAGUAUGCCGAUGCUAUGGACUAUUUCAGAGCUGUAACGCGUACCAACGAAAAGUCAGCACGCGUGUUAUCACUGAUAGAAAAUAUCAUUGACAUGAACCCUGCUCAUUAUACAGUCUGGAAUUACCGACAACAAGUCUUGUUUGCACUUGAAGCCGACUUGGAAAAAGAACUUGAUUAUAUUGACCAAAUUGGCCCAGACCAAGCCAAAAACUAUCAAGUAUGGCACCAUCGUCAAGUCGUUGUCGAUCGUUUAGGCAAAGGAGACCGAGAAAUACCGUUUAUCAACAGUAUAUUUGAAGAAGAUCCUAAAAACUAUCAUGGUUGGUCUUAUCGACAAUGGGUUGUGAAGCGAUUUGGGCUAUGGGAUACAGAAUUGGACUAUACCAAUGACUUGCUUGUGUUUGAUGUACGCAACAAUUCUGCUUGGAACUAUAGGUAUUUUGUGUUGUUCAACCGUCCUUCAACACCUACAGAAGACAUAAUUGAAGAUGAAAUCAAAUUCACAGAAAAGCAAAUUACAUUAGCACCUCAUAAUUCAAGUAGUUGGGCCUAUCUCAAAGCAUUGUAUGAAAAGAUAAACAGACCCUUUCAUACCAUGUUACCCUUUUUAGAUCAACUCAAAUCCAGCGUCGAAUCACCUUUUAUCUUGUCAGCCUAUAUUGAUAUGUAUGAGCAAAAUGCUCAACUACAAAACAAGCCUGUUGAACCUGCUGCUAUUGACAUGUGUCAAGCGUUGGCUGAAAAGCAUGAUGCUAUUCGUGAAAAGUAUUGGCAGUAUCGAAAAAGCAAACUCGAAAAGCUUAAUUUAGCAGUAGAAUGACUAAAGUGUGGGAAAUACAGUUUAUAAAAAAAAAAU